AUAUCUCUGCCGUUCACCGUAUAUAGUACUCCGUUUUAAGUGUCCAUAAUAAAAUUUCUUAUAAUCUUUUCAUCGUGAAAACAUUUAUAUCCUCACUUACGUAUUGAAAAAUUCGUAUAAAAGUACAAUUACUUUAAACCUGGAAAAAUAUCAAAUAAAUAAUUUAUUGACAGCAAGUGAUUAUAUUUAAUAAUUAAAAUAUAAUAAUAAUAAUAAUAAUGAUAAUAACACAAAUGAAAUAAUUAUUGUUAUUAAUGUUUAGUUAAAAAAAAUUUAACGCGCAUGACGUGUAUGUGCGCGAUGAAAAAAAAAUUUUUAAAGCGGACUCCAUAAAUAUAAUCCACUUAUUUAUUAUUAAUUAUCAUAAAACUUUUGAUAAUUACUGUGCUAAAUAAUUAAUUUUCUUAAGUAUUGUCAAUUUAUUUACUUACAGUUAUAAAGUUCAUUUUACCCACGAUUUUAAUUGUAUUUAUUUUUACCCGCAAUGUUAUCGUAACAUCAAUUAAUUAGUUUAUUUAUAAAAAUAAUAAUAGUAAUUAUUAUUGUGUGGAAAAACAAUUUAAAUUUUUAAAUAUUAUUAAUUUAAACUUGUAAUUAAUUAAUUAAAAAUGAGGUUAAUUCGACACUUGUAAAUAAAUUUUUAUUUAUAAAUAAUUACAAUGUCUGGACAAAGUGGAGGUGGAGACGGUGGCGGUGGCGGCAGAAUUAGACUGGCGAAUUUAAAUGACCAGUUGACUUGUAAAUUGUGUAAUGGGUAUUUUAUUGAUGCGACAACAAUUAUUGAAUGUUUACAUUCAUUUUGCCGCAGCUGUAUUGUCAAGUACUUGGAGAGUAAUAAAUACUGUCCGAUAUGUGAGGUGCAAGUACAUAAAAGUAAACCGUUACUAAAUAUCAGACCUGAUCAUACAUUGCAGGAUAUUGUUUACAAGCUGGUUCCAGGAUGUUAUCAAAAUGAAAUGCGCUGCCGCAGAGAAUUUUACGAAAAACAUCCAGAAGCCCAGCUGUCAACAAUGUCACCAGAAGCACGUGGCGAGCCGAUAGAAUCCCACAUCUACUCGCCAGACGAAGUGUUGACUCUGUCCUUGGAGUACUACAACCCGAAUCUCAUCGAUACCACAGGCGUGGGAGUAGUGAUUCCUCUAAACGAAACUAAAGAAUUAACAGCCUCAUCAAUAUCAUCAGGUACUGGGUCAGCAAGUGGUGGAUCGAAUGAAGUCUUACCUCGCCGGUACUUACGCUGUCCCGCAGCAGUGACAGUUUUCCAUCUUCAGAAAUUGAUUCGCGCGAAAAACGGACUCAGUGACGUCCACCGCGUUGACAUUAUGUACAAAGAGGAGUCGCUCUGCGGUAACUACACUCUCAUGGACGUCAUGUACAUUUACCACUGGAGACGGAAAGUUCCUCUGCACCUCAGCUAUCGUAUAUUCGAGUCGUCGCCCAAGAGGUUGAAACUUUCCGAUGACAAUAUUCACUACCGGGAGUCGCUUACUAAAACCGGUAUUAAUUUUGUUCCUUCUUCAACGUCAUCCUCAUCGUCGACUUCGUCUUCGACUUCUUCGACUUCGUCUACAUCACCGACGACCAAAGAAUCCGUUAAAAGUGACAGCAAAAAGGACGAAUGGAAAGAAGUACAACUGAAAAUAUCCGAAACUGGAGAAACUAGUGUCACCGUCAUCACAAACUCUGACCUCAAAAAAUUGUCCAAGUCAUCAGGGUCAUCGACUUACUCACGCGUCAAUGAAACGCAGCCGAAAAAUUCAAUAAAAGCUGAACUGACGGCUCCAAUUGACGCUAAUUCGACAAAAACUGAUGACAAACAUAAAAACAAUGACGAGUCCAAGUCUAAUAGCAAUGAAAGUGUCCCAGUUAAAGUGGAGAAAGACAAAAUUAAGAGUGAAAAAAGUGAAACUCCAGCUGCUGGAGUCAGCGGGGGAUCAAAAAUAGACGCGCUGAGUGUAAAACUCCAGUUCCAACCUAAAGUCGGUCAGGUAAACAACACGUACUCCAAGAGAACGCCGAAAGACAAAGGAAAAGUCACGAUAACUGACAACAAGUUGCUGAAAAAAUCUGAUACCCGUUUGUAUUUAAACGACAGCCAGAAACCCAAAGUCGCUGAUAAAAAUCGUUCGACUUCCAGUACUUCCGCCUCUUCAACCCCCACAUCAAAGCCUUUGUCCUUUACUUUGGUGUCAUUUCCGCAACGAAAUGCCGAUAAUGAUAAAGAACAAACCCCAGUGAAACGUAAAAAUGACGUCAAUUAUAAUCAAAGGUCUGGGCUGACAAUAACGACAACAACUUGCACUUCUUCCUCUUCUUCCUCAACUAGCACAGCAGGUGGAAAAAAUUCACGUGUUAAUUCAUCAAAUGAAGACGCUGGAAUUUCUGGUAAACUGACGAUAACUCAAGCGACGUUUCCUUAUACUGUACAAGACUUGGUAUCAAAUGCCAAGAAGUCAGUCACGAAACCCAGUGAUUCCCCGUUGCAUUCACCGGCUGUUACUUAUUCGGUAACGACAGCCACCACUACCACGUCAUCAACUUCUGCAUCUUCAGCAUCAUCAGUAUCAUCGUCAGCAUCAGCAUCAGUAUCAGCAGCAGCAGCAUCACCUGGAUCAAACACAUCAAAGACUCCAACUUACACGAGUCCAUGCAAUAACAAAAGCAACGAUGUAAAUAAUAGUACGAUUAAGAUAAAUAGUAAUAGUAGUAGUAGCAAUAAUAUAAAUAAUAAUAUAAAUCAAAGUGGAGGAAGUACAAUAAUAGUACCGCCGUGUCCUGACGCGAUACCGAUCGCACUAAUGAAGCCGACGGUUCGUAAGACAGAAAUUAUUACCAAAGGAACGAAUCUUAAUGAAAUCUGCGCUAAAAUUGGCGGCAAUGCUGCUGCCUCAGCAACAAGUGCGUCAACAGCGACCCCAGCAGCAUCAGCAUCUUCGUCAUCACCGUCAGGCUCGAAAAUAAAUGACAUUUGCGCUAAAAUCGGCGAGAGUACGAAGGAAAAAAAUAGCAGACUAGAAAUAAAAUCGCGCCCAGAAAUACCGGAUCUGUUAAAAAUAACAAAGAAAUCGAUGUCUUCGACAAACACCAGCGACAAUAACACCAACGCGAUGAUAAAACAUAUCGCUAAUAUUCCUAAUAUCCCAAUUUACACGCCCAGUUUGUCGGUAUCUGAAUUGCGCGGUAAUUCUGGCAACACGACGUACUCAAGGGAUUAUUUGAAAAUGUCAACUCCAAGUAUUACCGUUACCACAACGACCUCAACAUCGCCUAGUAUUAACUUGACUCCCACUACUUCGUCUAUCACAAUAACGCCAACUUCGUCUAUGGUAAUCACGGCAGCGGGUCAGCAUCAAAACGCCUCAAGUUUUCAGCGUAAAAAGGUUAUGUCAAAACACGGCAGUGGAACCGGGAAUUUGAGUACCGGAAGUGGUGGUGCCAGCGGCAGUUCAAUGAGUAACUACAAGACUCUACGCGAGCCGCCGAAGUCAUGGAACCCUGUGCUGUCAAAAAAUAAUUACGUCGCUGCGAAAAAUCAAGCCGCCAAGGAUUUGCAAAAUCAAACCCAACUGAACGCUGGAUCUGAACCAGGUGACGGGAAAUCGAUAGCGUCCAAGCCGGCUAAAAUAUUCAAGAUGAGAAACGUCCCGAGAUUUUUAGGUAACCCAGCAUCUGGAGUCAAGCCCAUGUACAAUAUCAAUAACGAGUCUAAAGACAAAGAAUCAUCUUCUUCUUCUUCUAAUUUAUCAUCAGCCUCAGCAGCAAAAUUAAAUUCCAGCGGACUGAGUAUGACCAAAAUAGACCCUAAGACCCUGUCACCGAUAACGAUAACACCACGUACGAAUACAAACUCUCCCAUAAUAACACCGCCGCCUUACUCACCAAAUACAUCAAGUAGUUACCAAAAUAUCCCAUUUUCCCGCGGUGGCGCCAGCGGAUCCACGACAAGUAACUCAAGUAUAAAUACUCCAUUAUCACCACGUAAUUCCCCAGUUAAUUUACUGUCAACUAGUCCAUUUAUUCCUUCGCAAACACCAAAUACAAACCCGCGUUUAAUUUACACCCAUCACUUCCAUCCGUCAGUCCAACCACCGCCGCAAUAUUCAAACGCAGACCUUGUCAGAUUUUCAACAAAUCCACUGAUAAGAACAAGUCUCAGUUGUUUGCCGUCAGUUCCACCAAACGCGGCCUUCCACAGCAGCCUGCCACCGGCGAUUAGCAAAUUUUUCCAACGCACUACCAGCUACAUACCGCACACUACUACGGUGACUUACUCGCAGCAGGGUCUUGCUAAUCAGUCUGUUGCUAUACAGAGAAUACCGAGUAUAAAUAAUUUUACGACAACAACAUCCGCUUCGUCGUCGCUGAUAUCAACUCCUAGUAAAUCCAAAACGACGGUAACAAACUCCCAGACUUUUAAUUCUGCGAAAACUGAACCUAAUAGAGAAAGAGAGAUCAGUAAUUUGGUUAAACCAACGCCAGAAACGAGCGCUUUUAAUCUUUCCCAAGCUUCCACUGCGACUUCGACGACAACAACAACGGCAACGGCAACGUCUAGUAAUUUGAGUAGCAGCAAUUACGCAUCGGAUUUAACUAAAAAUUCGUCGCCUAAAGUAUCUGCGGAUAGUCAGAGUUUGAAUAAAAAUGUGCCUUGUGACGGUAGCAGCAAAGGUAAAGACAGCAAAGAUCAGGAAGAAGACAGAGAUAAGGAUAAAGAUAAAGAAAAAGUUGAAGAUAAAGUUGAUAAGGAUAAAAAUGAUGAUGAUAAAUGUAAAGUCAAGCAGGAAGAUGAUAAAGGGGAAGAUGACGGCAAAGUUGCAAAGAAGAAGAUAAAAGAUGAUAAGAAGACAGUGAAGAGAUUGAAGAAAGAUGAGGAAGAUGACAAAGUUGAUGCUGAUGUCAAAGAAGAAAAAGAAGAACUUAAAGUAAAUGGAAGUUCAACAUCCGCGACUGGGAAUCCAACUUCCGCUGAGGCGAGUGUAAAUAAAAGUAAUGAACAAGUGGGUAAAGAUAGUAAAGGAACGACUGAAUCAGCAGCGACAGCGAAUCCAGUUGCGGAAAAAGACAAUCCGGUUUUUAGUGAAGAUGAUAAGGGUAAAGAAAGUAAAGUAGAGACGGAAGAAUCAAAUGGUAAAAAUAAAGACAUUAAAAUAAGCAAGCCGGCUUUGAAUACAGAGUGAUCAAGAUUAAAUAUUAUUUAAUUAGAAGUAACCUUUCGUAGGUCGCGUAGGGGAAUCCCCGCCAUGUUGGUUUUAGUGCAAAGUCGCCGAAGUUUCGUUAAUUGACAUCAGAUUAUUCAUUUUUUUUUAUUUACAUUUUUUUAAAAUGAAUAUUUUUUAUGAAAUUUAUUUAUUACUUAUACGACUAGGCUCCAUUUUUUUUUACUGAUUAAAUAAAUUGAUAACGUUUUCUAUAAAUAUGGCAACGUUGCAAUUAAAUUUUACUUACUGAAAUUAUAGAAAUUUAAAUGAUACUGAAGUUAGCCGACGUCCAGUAAUUUUUUGAUUUUUUUUAAACGAUAAAUUAUAAAAGAAAAAAAAUUUGGAAAAAUUGCACCUGUAGUUUUUUUAAUUUUCUACAAGUGCAUAUUUUUUUUUUGUAAUUGAAAUUUUUUACAUCGAUUAGUAAGACAUCAACGCAUUGCUGAAUCGGUCUAGGAAAAUAAUGGUUAAUUUUUUGAAAAUUUUUAAUAAAAAAAAAAAAAAAAACGGGGAUUUCCUCAUCCGGCGCACGAAAGGGUAUAUAUAUAUAUAUAUUAGGGUGGCCCAAAAAAACCUACUAUUUUUUUUUUCGAGUCUGUUAUGAAAAUUCAAUGACUUACGAUGUUUUAAGAAGUCUCCAAAAAUCGGCUUGAUAAAAAAUUUUCAAGAGGUCACUCACGAAUUUUUAAAAUAUCAAAAAUGAUUGAAGUUUGGAUUAUUUACUUCUAAAUUUUUUCUUUGUUGUGGCAACAAUAGUUUAUAUUCAUUAAGUCAUGUCUAUGCUGAAAAUUUCAGCGCGAAAUUUAAAUAUUUAAACGGCGCUCAAGAAUUUUGAAUAUUAACUGAUAAUAUGUGACUAAUACUUUGAAUUAGUUUUUGUAUUUUUUUAUAACUCAAUUACUGUCAUUUCACUAAAAUAUAACUUUUGCAAAACCAAAAAUAUACAGGACAGUCUUAAGCAAUAAAAUUUGGUAAGUUUUGAAUAAGCGAAAAAACCUACAAAUUGAAUUAAAAAAUAAAAAAGUAUGUAAAUAACUUAUUACUUCUAUUUCUCGGGUUAUAUUUUUAUUAAUUGUGAUGCUAAUUGAUGGUAAAAAAAUCGAGAAGCUUUAUAAUUAAUAUUCAAGGGUCGCUCGAAAACGUUCAAAAGAUAGCACUCGGAAACAUCCAAAAUUCUUGAGCGAGGUUUAAAUAUUUAAAUUUCGCGCUUAAAUUUUCAGCGUAGUCAUGAUUUCACAAAUAUAAACUAUUGCCGCCACAAGAAAGAAAAAAUUUUGAAAUAAAAAAUUCAAAUUUCGAUGAUUUUUGAUAUCUUUAAAAUUCGUGAGCGACCUCUUGAAAAUUUUUUAUCAAGCUGAUUGUUCGAGAGGCUUUUUAAAACAUCGCAAGCCAACAAAUUUUCAUAAGAGACUCAAAAAAAAAAAAUAGUCGGUUUUUUAGGGUCACCCUAAUAUACAUAUAUUUUUAUUGAAAUAUAUAAUUAUUAUUUAAAAAUUGUCAAAUUAAUAAAGAAGAAAUAAUGAAGAUUAAGAAAUUUAAAAUCCGGUGCGUGUGCAAUUAAUUUAUGUACGCGUGCAUUUUUUAAUUAGUUAUGGAUUUGCGAUUGAUCAAGUUGACGGUGACAUUAUUGGUAAUUAAUAAUUAAUUAUUAUUAUCAAUGUAAAAGCUUGUAAAAUAAUGUACAUAUUACACGCAUGAAAGAAAUCAUUUUUACACAUCGUAGGAUACAUUUAUUAUAUUUUAUUUUAUUUCGGGGGGCUUUUUAUUGUAUUUUUUUUUUUAACUAUUGAAUGAUUUGUAUUUUUUGAUUUUUUAUUUGCUGGAGAAACUGGGAGACAAGUUUAUAGAUGAUACGAUAAUUAUUGUUUUAGUUAAAGUUUAUAAUAUAAUUAUUAUUAUUAUUAAAAUUAUAAUAAUUGUAUGCUGGAUAAUAUAAAUUAGUGAAUACAUGAGCCGUUCGAGCGCUCAUUAGCGACAGAUGUACACAUUUAUUAAAUUUUAUUAUUAUAAUUUAUAUUUAAUAUAAAUAAUUGACAAAUAUUAACUAUUAAUUUUUUAAAAAUCACACAUUUACACUUUAUUAUAUUAAAUGCAAUGUAAAUUAUGUCCGAAUUUAAAUAUGUAAUAAUAUUAAUCACUAAUUGUGUGUGAUUUCAUAAUAAAAAAUAAUAUACAAAUUUAAAUAUCUAUUUUGCUUUUUAUAUUUUCUUUUACAUUUCGAUUUUUUUGGAAAGUUGUAGAACUGGGACUUCAGUUAUUUUUGCCCAUAAAAAAUUAAAAUAUCCACAAUUUUUUUUUUUUUUUAUUUGUUCUAUCCCGGCAAAUUUAUGAAAUAAAAAAUUACGUCCUUGUAGGACUUGUCCUCAGUAAGAAUCCAUGAAAUAAAUAAUUUUUUCCCGCCAGUUGUUCUUAAGGGAAGAAAGGGUCUGAGAUACAAAAAAAAGAGCAAUUUUUGUGAUUGUUUUUUCAGAGAAGCUUCUUUUUUAAAAAUUUUAAAAUUUGUGACAUGAUUAAGCGACAUUCUAAGAAUAUUUUGCUAAAUUUUUGGAAAAAAAUAUUUAAAAAUAAGCUAGUGGUAGUGGGGAGAGACGAGUCAAAAAAAAGUCUCCAUGCCGUAGGCAGGAUAACUCAUGACUGCCUCAUCUGAAAUAAAAAAACCAAAAAGAUUUCUUUAGUACACAAGUUAUCUUAGAUUUGAACGAAGGAUUUUUUUUUUCAAUAACUACUUACUUUUUAAUAAAACAAAAGGAGCAAUUUUUGGGAAAAAUCAUAGUUUUUUUAUUGCACCUUUACCAAAAAUUCAAAAAUGAAUAUUUUGUUUAUUCCUUCGUUCAAAUCCAAGAUAAACUUGUGUUCUAAAGAAAUCUUUUUGGUUUUUUUAUUUCAGAUGAAGCAGUCAUGAGUUAUCCUCCCUACGGCAUGGAGACUUUUUUUUGACUUGUCUCUCCCCACUACCACUGGCUUAUUUUUAAAUAUUUUUUUCCGAAAAUUUAGCAGAAUAUUCUUUGAAUGUCACCCAACAAUGUCACAAAUUUUGAGAAUUUUAAUACAGAAGCUUCUCUGAAAAAAAA